AUGGAAAACAUUGUUGGUUUGUUGUCUAAAGUCCUGUUAAGGGGAAAAAAGAUUCAUUAUUUUUUUAAAGGUAUUGUGGGGAAUGGGAGUAAUAUUAGGUUCUGGAUAGAUCAUUGGGUUGGGGAUGGUCCGUUAAUGGAUUUAUGGCCCUCGUUGUUUUCCUUGGAAACUGAUAAAAGCUGUCGGGUUAACGAUCGGAUCUCUGUUUCGGGUGGGUUGAUCUCGGUGAAGUGGGAUUGGUUAAGGCAACCGAGUUCCUUGGGGGAGGUUGCGGAGUUGCAAGGCUGCUCGGUUUUAUUGGAGGGUCUGCACAUGUCAGACUCGAGAGACAAGUGGAGAUGGACUCCGUGUGCCUCAGGUAUAUAUUCGACUCAAUCGUUCAAAGCCUUGUCUAUAGAUCCGGAGCUGCCACGUUGCUUUUUCUCGGUCAAAGGAAGUAGGUGGGUUCCGACUAAGUGCAACAUUCUCGUAUGGAGGGCGGCUUUAGACCGGCUUCCGACUAAGCAAGCGUUAUUAAGAAGAAACAUAUCGGUGGGUUCGGGGUUAUGCGGUUUAUGUAGUGAAGCUACGGAAUCGGUGGAUCAUCUUUUUACGGGCUGCCUCCCGGCCAUUCGUCUUUGGAGCAAGUUUAGCGCAUGGGUCAGGUUACAUCCUUUCUUUGCUUUCUCUUUUCAGGAUAUUGUGGAUAUGCAUAAAAAUUGGAACGGCAAUAAAGAUUCGAAAGAGAUAGUCAAAGGUUUGAUCAUAAUCACGUGUUGGUGUAUAUGGAAAGCGAGAAAUUUAGUGACUUUCGACAACGGGAGCAGUAAUGAAGAUGACAUUUUUAGGGAGGUUAAAACGCUUAGUUUCUUUUGGUUAAAAAAUAGAUCCUCCCAUGGCAAUCUGGAGUGGGGAGAAUGGUGUAAAUUUCCUUUGUACAUGAUGUAA